CUCCAAAUUUGUUGUUGAAAAAGAGAGGAGACAACGAGCUGCACAACCCUUGUCGUCCUUCCGUCCUCAUUCCUUCCUUCUACCCUCCGGUACCAUUUCCUCUCACCUAUCGCCGUCUCCCUGUAGCUCGGACUCUCUCUUCCGCCAAUCGCCACCUCCUCGGCAUCGCAGAUCGCCGCCUUCGCCGCCGCCGCCGCCGCCGCCGCCGCCGCCGCCGCCGCGCCAUCCAUCUAGGCUUUAUUAACUUUAAUGGAAAGUCACCAUGCAAAUGUUGAAAUAUUAGGAUUCAAUCCUUCAAUGAAAGCAAGUAAUGAAUCAGAUGCGCUAGAGAAAGAUAAAAUUUCUUUUUUUGAAUGUAAAUCUGAGGGUGAAAAUCCAGAGAAAAUUGGGGAACUUGCUGUUGCUCAUACAAAUGAUAUAUUUGUUUACAGACAAGAUGUUGUAAAAUGCAGUAAACGUGAAGGUCUACUUGGAAUUGUUGUCGAAGUGGCUGGCGAUUCAGACUCAGAAGGUAGCAUCACAGAUGACGGCAGCGAGAUUGAUGAAGACAAGGUUGAUCCGGACCAUGUUGGGAGUAAUGGCGAUAAUAAUAGUUGUAACAACUACGGUGAUGAUAACAUCAAUACUCUUCCAGAUGGGCAAGUUAGAAUAACUUGGAGUGAUGGUGUUGAGACAAUAGAAAAUACUAAUGAUAUCACGGUAGUAGACAGAAGCUUUUUGCAUGGUGAUAUUGUUGCUUCUGCUAUUGAUCCAACUGGAAAAUUAGGACUUGUUAUUGAUGUCAAUAUUAUAGUUGAUUUACUUUCUAUGAAUGGUGAGGUGAUAAACAGUGUUUGCUCUAGAGAUCUUAAACGCAUAAGGGAAUUUAGUGUUGGUGAUUUUGUAGUUUUUGGCCCUUGGCUUGGCAGAGUGGAUGAAGUCUUAGAUAAUGUCACUGUUCUGUUUGAUGAUGGAUCCGUAUGUAAAGUAGUUAAAGCUGACCCUCUGCGACUCAAACCUGUUUUGAAGCCAAUUGUUGAUGAUGCAGAUUGCCCAUACUAUCCCGGUCAAAGGGUUAGAGCUGUUUCUUCCUCUGUUUUCAAAAGUUCUAGAUGGCUUUCUGGUUUAUGGAAAGCUAACCGUCUUGAAGGCACGGUCAUCAAAGUUCAGACAGCUUCUGUGGUCGUCUAUUGGAUAGCUUCAGCUUAUCUUGGUAUUGGUACUAAUUCAGCAUCUCUUCCUGCUGAAGAGCAGAAUCCGAAGAACUUAACUCUGUUGUCUUGCUUUACACACACAAACUGGCAAUUAGCUGAUUGGUGUCUACUUUCAUCUUGUCAGCAGCUAUCAUCUGUUGCUGAUAGUAUUCCAACAGAGAAAUUGAAAGAACCAAUAGGCGACUAUCGCCAUAUAAAGAAUAAUCAAAUAAACUCUUGCAUUUAUGGUGGAGCAUCCACAGCUGCCAUUGAACUAGAGGUUACUGAUGUUGAUGAUCAACAAUCUACACCUGGGCAACUAGUGGUUACUGAUGUUGACAAUCGACAAUCUACACCUGGGCAAGUUACUAAAGGUUCUUCUGAAUGUACUUCAACUUCUAAAGAAUUUUGUAGUCAUACUCAAAGUGAUGAUUACACAAGUAAUGCUAGAACAUCUAUGGGUGAUUCAAACGGCACUGAGUCAACUGAUACACCUGCAAAUUGCUUAUGCAGUAGUUCUUCAGUUCCAAAGGAGGCUUCUCAUGAAAGCUGGCCAACAUAUCGUAAAAAGCUGCGAAAAGUCUUUUUUAAGAGAGAGAAGAAAGUUCGAAAAAAAGAAGAGAAUUUUGAAAGAGCACUUUUCAUUGUAAACACUAUUACAAAGGUUGAUGUUGUUUGGCAAGAUGGAAUUAAAGAAUAUGGGCUGAAAUCCACAUCACUAAUUCCAAUUCAUACUCCAAAUGAUAAUGAAUUUUUCCCUGAGCAGUAUGUGAUUGAAAAAGGAUCCAAUGAAGAAGAUGGUGCUUGUGAAUCUAAUCGUAUUGGAGUAGUUAAAACUGUCAAUUCUCAAGAGCGUACUGUAUGUGUGAGAUGGCUUAAACCUGUGUGCCGGCUAGAAGACUUAAAGGAAUUUGAUUGUGAGGAAGUUGUUAGUGCAUAUGAACUUGAUCCACAUCCAGAUUAUGAUUACUGCUAUGGCGAUGUUGUUGUACGCUUGCCCACUCCUACCAUUUCUAAUGAUUUAAUAAAAUCUGAAUUUCCUACUGAGGCACAAGUAAGUCAACUUAAAACAGAAGUAUUAGCAGAUGAAUCAAGAAAAGAAGACCUAACUGAUGAAGAGAAUCAGGUCCAAAAUAAAGAGUUUUGUGAGAUCUUUACAAGCCUAUCUUGGGUUGGAAAUAUAAUUGGUCUCCAAGAUGGUGACAUUGAAGUUACAUGGGCUGAUGGGAUGAUCUCAAAGGUUGGACCUCAGGAAAUUUAUGUUGUUGGCCGAGAUGAUGAUGAAGUCAGUGAUGAUGGUGCUAGUUGGGAAACAGUUGAUGAAAAUGAGGUGGAUGUACUCGAUAGCAAUGAGAAGGAAACUGAUUCACAGAAUCCUAGCAAGAGCCCUGUCCAAAAAGAAAAGAGUACUGCAACAUCACAAGAAGACAAUACUGGUGGACGAAGUGGACCACUUGCAGUAUCGCUUGCUGCUUUUGAUUAUGUUACAAAGUUUGCAACUGGGUUACUUUUUCAGGCUAAGAAACAGUUGGACGUAUCGGGUUCAGAUCAGAUAAAAGAAAGUGAAGUAGAUUAUAAAGCAAACAAUGCUACUUCUGAAAUGACAUUAGAUGAGGAGGAUGAGAGUAAAGGUUUUGAUGUUUCAGAUGGUCUUGUUGCGCAAACGCUACAUUUAUGUACAGAAGGAGAGUAUGAUCAUGAGGCAGCAACAAAAGAGACUGAAAUGAAAGUUGAAGACAAUUUUAACCAAUCAUCAUCAACACAGAAAAUUAUCAGAGGAACAAAUAGUAUGGAUGAUGCAUAUACUUUCAAGCACUUUGAUGUUGCUGAAAAUCCUCAAGAUCAUCAUUAUCUUGGUGAUGCUGAGGUGUGUAAUGGUGGAAGGAAGUGGGUUAAAAAGGUUCAGCAAGAAUGGAGUAUUCUUGAAAAGAACCUACCUGAUGCUAUUUAUGUACGAGUAUUUGAAGACCACAUGGAUUUAAUAAGAGCAGUAAUAGUUGGAGCAAGUGGGACACCGUAUCAUGAUGGUCUCUUUUUCUUCGAUUUUUACCUUCCUCCAGACUACCCUCAAGUCCCACCGUCAGUAUAUUAUCAUUCUGGUGGCUUGCGGAUAAAUCCAAAUUUGUAUGUGGAUGGGAAGGUGUGCUUAAGCUUGCUAAAUACAUGGACAGGCAGGGGAAAUGAAGUCUGGGAUCCAUCUUCUUCUAGCAUCCUCCAAGUCUUGGUUUCACUACAGGGAUUGGUUCUCAAUGAUAAACCAUACUUUAAUGAAGCUGGUUAUGAUAAGCAGAUUGGAACAGUUGAAGGCGAGAAGAAUGCAAUACCAUACAAUGAAAACACCUAUCUACUCAACCUGAAAACUAUGCUUUACCUUUUGAGAAGGCCCCCCAUGCAUUUUGAAGACUUUGUAAAGGAUCACUUCUGUAGACGUGGUCAUUACAUUAUUAAAACUUGCGAAACCUACAUGGAAGGUUGCGUGGUCGGUUCCCUUACUAGCGAUGCAUGCUUGACUGAAAAGAGCCGGGAGCAUGCUUGUUCCGUCGGUUUCAAGUUAACUCUUGCAAAAAUUUUACCACGACUGAUUUCUUCAUUCAGGGAAGUAGGUGCUGACUGCCACCAAUUCGAACAUCUACUCAAAUCCGAAAACCCUUCAGAAGGUUGAAUCCCAAGAUUUUUAUGGUUUACAUCGGCAGUGUUUUGGUGAUAGUUUCAUUAUCAUCGGAAUUGGAACCUAACUUGGAAGGUUGUUUCAUAAUGCAUUUAGAAAAUACUUUCUGGAUGCUACGGUCUCUUGUGGGUUUCUUUUGUGCUAACUAUACUGUAUUCGUGUCAUUUUUCCCCCUAAAACAUCUAGAGCUUCAUGUUGAUUAUGUUAUUAUCUCAUGGGAAUGAUUAAAAUUAUUCAUUGUCUUCAGCAAUAAUUCUAUACUAGUGAUUCUUUGAUGAUAUUGCACGUUC